AAAAAUAAAUUUAUUACUGAUCAUCAAAAUGUUGCUAAAGAAUUGGAACCUUUGAUUGAAUUUAUUAAUUUCAAGCGAAUUAAAGGUCAAAUUUUAGCCGAUGUUAUUGAUCCAUUAGAAAUUAUUCCUUCUAAAGUAAUUUUAAAUGUUUAUCGAGACAUAGCAAGGUCAAACAUGCCAAAUUUAAAUGAUACUCGAGGAAUACCAAAAACGUUGUACGUUUGGGAUGAAAAAGCAUGCGGAUCAAAUCUUAUUAUUGAAGAUAAUGGGAAAAUUGUACAAGCAGAAGAAGAUUGCAUUGAUCACCAGUGUGUUAGAGGUACAAUAGCAUUGGAAAAUAAAGGGACUUUUGAGUGGGAUAUUAUUAUUGAGAAAAAUUGUUCAUGGUCUUGGAUUAGAGUGUGUGAAUCAAAAAAUUUUAAUUAUGAAACCUUUGCAGGUAAUCAACCUACUGGACGGGUAUUGGGUUCCGGUGGUCUUUGCAAUUCUACUAGUGGAUUUUAUUAUUGUCUGCCAUUUCACGAAGAUGGUGCAAGAAUUACGGUUCAUUUAGAUAUGAAUAAAAGAACUUGUGCUUUUACGGUCAAUGGUAAAAAGUAUCGGGAAGUAUCAGAAUGGGAUAAUUUACCGUCAAAACUUUAUCCGGUAGUAUCAUUAAAUUAUCCUGGUCGCUUUCGAAUUCAGCCUCAUCAAAAAAAUGUUUAA